CACCCAUCUUUCUUACCUCCUUCCAUCCUAGCCCGCCUGACAUUUGAAAACACGCCCUUUGCCAUCUCUCGAACAUCUUUGCAUCCUAUCGCACGAGCUUGUUGUCUCAUCACGCUCCCUCGUCCGAUCUCUUCUGGACGGAGCACUUCAUCGCGUCGUUGACGGUUGUUUCGCUGCUUGCCAUUUCAUCAUCAUGAACAUCAAUCAUCAUAUCAUGGCUAGUACCGGAUCCCCUACCAAGAAGUUGUCGGCAAACUCCUUUGUGAUCUACGACGAGAACGGCUCUGGCCAGGGCGGUCAACUCAUUCAUCAUUCAAGCACAAGACCGCUGCCACUCAUCACCUCCAAAUACGCCAACCAGCAGAAAAUCAACUCCACCACCUUCAACAAAGACUAUGUCACCAAGGAGGUCAUUCCCAACAUUUGGGCUCAACAGCAACCUACACAAGCACUUCAUCGCGAGAACGAACAAAGCGCGGAGAACAAGAGCUCGUCAUCGUCUGCCACGGAUCCAUAUACUAGGACUCCGCCGACCGACGUUGGCAGCUCCAGUGAUCGCUCCCAUGAACUCGAACUUGCUCAGCUCAAGAAAAGCAUCGAGCUCCAAAAGGAACGCAUGGCUCAAAUGGAAUUGGAGCUGACUCAAGCUCGUCUUGCUCAAUAUACGAUGGAAGAGACUGUCGGCUCGCCCUAUCCAGCUGCACAACACCUUGCUGCCAGCAUCAACAAUCGAGGCAGCAUGCCUGGGCAGUCCAAUGGGUCAUUUGUACGCUCCUCGACUCCGCUGGAGCGGACAUCUUUCAAUCUUGCACCUCUAUCGAUUGAUGGUAUGCAAGGCUUCGGACGCUCGAGCUUGAGCUUUGGCGAACGCUCAAGCAGCAGCACGCCCCCAGUAAUGUCUGCAACGUCUCCAUCGCCGUUUUUGGGAACGAACGUCGGUCACAACAUGCUGCAGCCUCCUGUUAGCACCAGACUCUCAGCUACAGCGACCGAAUUUGGUUUUGGUCGUGGUCAGUGGGCGUCUCAGCCUCCCGCUGGGCACGCAGACAUCACUGAGCCUCUUAACUAUCGUCGCCUGCUCGACCGCAACAUGACCUGUAAUUGGAAAUAUAUCGUCGACAAGAUCAUCUGUAACAACGAUCAGCAGGCGUCGAUCUUCCUGCAACAGAAGCUCAAAGUCGGAACUCCCGAGCAGCGUUAUGCUAUGGUCGAAGCUAUCAUCGAGCAAGCAUAUCCAUUGAUGGUGAAUCGUUUCGGAAAUUUCCUGGUACAGCGCUGCUUUGAACACGGUACUCCCGAGCAGAUUGUUUCCAUCGCCGAAGCGAUCCGUGGCAAUACUUUGAACCUCAGCAUGGACGCCUUUGGAUGUCACGUCGUGCAGAAGGCCUUCGACUGUGUACCUGAAGAAUACAAGGCUAUCAUGGUGCACGAGCUUUUGCGUCGUAUACCGGAAACUGUCAUCCAUCGCUACGCUUGUCACGUCUGGCAAAAGCUUUUUGAGCUUCGCUGGAGCGACUCACCACCUCAGAUCAUGAGAUAUGUCAACGAGGCUCUGCGUGGUAUGUGGCACGAGGUUGCUCUGGGAGAAACGGGUUCGCUCGUCGUCCAAAACAUUUUCGAAAAUUGUCUCGAGGAAGACAAGCGUCCCUGCAUCGAAGAAGUACUUGCAAGCAUUGAUGUUGUCGCCCAUGGUCAAUUCGGCAAUUGGUGCAUUCAGCACAUCUGCGAGCAUGGCUCCAUGUCUGACCGCACUCGUGCUAUCGACCACAUCUUACGCUUUGCUGGCGAGUAUAGCACCGACCAAUACGCUUCCAAGGUGAUUGAAAAGUGUUUGAGAACCGGAGGUGUCGAUUUCCUUGAUCGUUACUUGGAUCGCGUCACGGAAGCCCGCGUCGACCGCCCUCGCAUGCCGCUCAUUGACAUUGCUGGCGAUCAAUUUGGCAAUUACCUCGUGCAGUAUAUCCUCACCAACGGAGAUCCUGAGCGUCGUGAAGUCAUUGCGGCGCACAUCCGAAAGCACAUGGUCUCUCUGCGCGGCUCCAAGUAUGGCUCGCGUGUCGCCAUGCUUUGCUGCAAUCCUGCUGUCACUACCCGUCCUGGACCACCUACUGGUUUGCCCGCCAAUCGUCACGGUUCAACCUUUGGUGGCGAUCGGUUCGGAGUCGACGCUCGACCCUACACGACCGACCGUGGCUUUGCUGCUCGUCAGAACAUCGGCGGUUCUUUCAGGUAAUGCACUUCCACAACCGUGGUACUCGGCGAUAUGGCUCGCCUCAUGCACUUCGAAGCUUCUUCUCAUCAUAGUUUCGAGGACGAAGUUGAUGCUCAUUUGAUGCUUGCUCAGAUCUAAGGCGCUUCGUACAUGCUUGUUUGUUUUGUUCACGUCUACAUUCAAAAGUUACUCGGAGAUCACACAUAGUCCCUCACACUUGGAUCGAGAGUCUCAACGGCGGAUUGCCAUCAACAAUCUCGAACAUUGCUUUGGGCGAUGGGAGUUUCAUAUUGCAUCUACACCUCACGGCAUGGAUAAUGAAUGUAGGGGUCAGCCGAGACUUGUAUCCUGACCGUAUCUUAUUCGGUUGCUUUCUUCGCAAUGUUUGUUAUGAUUUCUCAGCCCGAGGCCUGCUUCAUUCUGUCCCUGAUCUGUUCUUCGAGAUAGCUCCUUUCGUUCAAUUUACUCUUAAACGAUCGUCGCU